AUGGUGAACGGUCCAGCUGAGCUUCGUAGAAAGUUGGUUAUUGUCGGUGACGGUGCCUGUGGUAAAACUUGUUUGUUGAUUGUUUUUUCUAAAGGUACUUUCCCCGAGGUAUAUGUGCCAACAGUUUUCGAGAAUUAUGUUGCUGAUGUUGAAGUUGAUGGUAGAAAAGUCGAGUUAGCAUUAUGGGAUACUGCUGGUCAAGAAGAUUACGAUAGAUUAAGACCUUUAUCCUACCCUGACUCGAAUGUGAUCUUGAUUUGUUUUUCGGUUGAUUCUCCAGAUUCGUUGGAUAAUGUAUUGGAGAAAUGGAUUUCAGAAGUCUUGCAUUUUUGUCAAGGUGUUCCUAUUAUCCUUGUUGGGUGUAAAUCCGAUUUAAGAGAUGACCCUCAUACGAUUGAAGCUUUGAGACAACAACAACAACAACCUGUUUCUACUGCAGAAGGUCAAUCUGUUGCACAGAGAAUCGGAGCUGCUGAUUAUUUGGAAUGUUCUGCAAAGACUGGUAGAGGUGUUAGAGAAGUCUUUGAAGCUGCUACUAGAGCUUCUUUGAAAACUAAAGAUAAGAAGGAAAAGAAGAAGAAGAAAUGUGUCAUUUUGUAA